UCAGGUUGUAAGGACAGACCGAUCUGAAGACCAGAGAGGUCUCAAGGAGUUUGAGAAGAACUGAAGAUGCUAACGACAUUCUUAUUGCUUUGUGGGGCUGUUGGGCUGCUGAAAUCAGACACACAUUCAAGGCAUCCUGGUCAUCACCAUCAGAGGCCAGGGCCAGAUGUUUUUCAGAUGCCUUCACCUCCACAACUAUCUUCUUCAGCAGAAGAAUUUUGGAGAAGAGAGUCUAUUGAAGGCGAAACUGAGGCAGAGAUGGAGGAGUUUUACCCUGCAAGUCAUGAACCCAGAAACGAGAAUUGGUGCUCCUCUGUCCAAUAUCGGGUUGCCACGUACAUUGCAGUGUGCAGGACAGAGAAAUACAUAAUCAGGUCCCAACAACCAUGUCCGAAUGGAACUCCAGACUGCCAGAAGAUCAUGUACAGAACAGCAUUGAAGCCAGUCUACAAGAUAAAAGAGAAAGUUGUAAGCUUUUUAAACUGGAAGUGCUGCCCAGGUUACAUAGGCGAGGAUUGCGAACAAUAUGAUCCAGCUCAGUUUCCAGUGAAUACCAGUCAGCCUGAACGUUGGGAAGAAGAGUUCGCAAACCACAGAGAUGUUGUAGCAGCUCAUCAAAGUCAUGAAGCUGUGCUAGAAGACCUACAGAACGACGUUCACCAGGCAGCAAACAAUCUGGGAAUCUUACAGAAAGCCCUUCAUCACAAUAGCACCAACGGAAAUGGAAGCACAGUGCAGCAUCAGUCAGAAGUCCAGCAAAUGCUCUUUCUCCACAUAAACAGUUUCUUGAAGGAGCAUUUCAAUCCUGUCUGGGCCAGUUUCAACAAAAGUCUACAGGACCUGUCCAUUGCUCUGCACAAUCUUUCCCAGAGUGUGGAAGCUAACCGGAAGAGCAUAGAGCUAUUCCAAGAAAGUUCUGUGCCCAGAAAAGAUUUCCAAGAACUAGGGACAAAGUUCGAAUCCAAAGUCCAAGCCAAUGUUCUGAGGGCCGACCAGAUGAAGCGAGAAAUGGAUCAUCAUAACUACUUGCAACAAGCCUCCAUCCAUUACAAUCUUACGAUGAUCAAAGCGGAUACGGACCUGAAGCUCAAGAGACACCACAAGCAGCAGCAGUCUUUUUUAUUGGCUUUAAACAACAGUUUGGCCGACAUGAGACAAGAGCAAAAUAAGCUCCGUGGUGAGCUUGAGCUCCUAAACAGAAAUGUUGCAAUGUUCCCAAGGCAAUUGGGCAAUCAGGGUGUGGGGUUUGCUGAUAUAGAUAUGCAGAGCUUCAAUCAGACUUUGGAAAAACAUGCUCGGGAGCUAAAGACACUUUAUGAGGAGUCUGAAAAAGACUAUGAAGAACUAACAGAUUCCAUCACAAGGCUAAAAGACAGCUCAAAACGUGACAUAGAGGACUUCCGAGUACGAUUAAUAGAAGGGAGUCUCAUGGUCGAUGAAUACAGAGAAGAUGUAGAAAGGAGGAUUUUCGUUCUUAAUAAUAGUCUGGCAGAUAUUCAGGAAAAUUACCAGAGUCUACAGAAGUCCAUGAAGACAUGCUGUUGUGAAGACCAGCCUUCAAGUACUAAUGUGGAAGACUUAAAGAACAUCACUGAGAUGCAUGGAGAACAUCUGAAGCAUCUGGAGGCACGUUUAAAAGAUCUUGCUGCUGCUUUCCCGCUUAUCCACCAAUCUUUGGAUUUCCAGCAAGAGCAAAGUUGGAAGCUACAAGAUGGCUUGUCUCUCUUAAAAAACCAUUCGGAAGUUUUUUCUGAGGAGAUUGAUAUGGUGAAAAAAGCUGACGAGAAGAUGCGGGACCAUGUGACAUAUCUCAACAGUUCUUUUAACUCAUUGCUGGUGGAUGCAUUGAGACAUGAGAAGGCCCUUGAGAUCCUGCUUGGAGAGGAAAUUUUGGAACACCUAUCUGAAGAAGAAGAGGUAAUUCUAUCCACAGAUCAACUUCCUGUGAUGAGCAUCAAAUUAAUUUCUGACCAUCUCAAGAAGCAAAGUAUGACACUAGAAUCUUUUAAGAAGAGAAUAGACUUUUGGGAAGCAGAUCAUGAAAAUAAUCCACAUGAACAUAAAUCUUCGAAAGAUCCUGAUACUGAGAAACAAAUAGACCACAAUCCCCAACAUGCUAGAGUAGAAUAUAUGGAGCCAAACCAUGAAGCUGUCAUGGAGGAUGCCUUAGACAAUCCAGCAUACCAUGACAUUACAACCCUAAAAAGAGAGAUUGGCCACCUUACCAAAGAGAUGAAGAAAUUUGAAUUGCAUUGGGAUCAUAUUCAUUCCUGCUGCAAUCAAACUGAGGCCAACCUAGGGGACCUCCUCAGCGUUUCAGUGAAGGAGGUGAAGGAAGAUCUUGUAUCAGCCCAAAAAAACUUUGAAGAACAUCUAGCGAUCUUUCAGAAAUUAUUUGGAAAUAGUAAGGAGUUGGCUGCCUCAAACAUAAGCCUGGAUGUAGCAAAGCUCCAGUUGCUGUUGAGCAGAAAAACGAGGAAGCAUUUUAAGGAGCAAGAACAGCAAAACAUGAAGAACAAGAAAGAGGUCCAUGGCCACAGAGAAGUCACUUUGAAUGGAAGAAACAAGAUAAAUGGAGAGACAUUGGAGGAAGGCACCACGGUGGCUUUCUAUGUGCAAUACGCCGAAGAUAAAGAAGAGCCCUCUGUCCUUAACCGCACCUACCUUAACUACGGAGGAGGUUACUCUUACGAACAGAGGUGCUUCAAGGCAUCUCAUCAUGGGGUUUAUAUGGUGGUGGUAGGUGCCGAGUUUCCCCCAGGACCUGCCUUGGGACAACUGGUCUUCAGCAACGGCCACAAAAUGACUCUCAUAAACAACAAGAAGAGGAAAUCCAGUGGUGGCUACACAACUGUCUUCGCCCUGGUGGAACUGGAGAAGGGGGACUUGAUGUGGUUUGAACUGGUGCAAGGGGACACAGUGAGACAGAACACAGUUGGCCUGAGCAUGGUGGGAUUCCUGCUCCUGAAAACCUGAGAAGAGGCACCUUGGUGACAUCAGGGGGUCUUCCUGCGAGCGCAGGUGGUUUGAUGUUUCAAUGAAUGGCCUGUUUUCUCUGUGCUAGGACUUUAGUCCAGCAAUGCUUUCUAGAAGGACUUCAGUAGCUGCUUAGCCACAGCUCAAGCGAGGUGGAGUUGCAGAAGACAAUCGGUUUCUUCAACCAGCUACCAGGCAGGUGCUUGUGACGUUUUUUCCCCUUUAUGGUCCUCAACAUUCUUGUGUUGUCAGCCGCCCCAGAAUUGUUGGAGACACGAGACAGGCGGCAAAUACAUUUUAUAAAUAAAAACUCACUUCCGAUCCCAACGCCCACAGUUUGCAAAGCCAGGCUAUGAGUAGGAAGAGAGAGUAACGCUUCUAGAACCCAUCCAUGGAAAAAUCUAACUUUGUGCAUCACUUUAUCCAAACAAACUACUGUAUUUUUCGGAGUAUAAGAUGCAUCAUUUCCCCCUAAAAGAGGGUGAU